GCGUACGAUUCGCUGGUGUGCCGGCCCCGAUCAGGGGCACUCCUGUCUAUCGCCUCGCAGGCUGUGGUUCCCACUGCAACCCCAGCUCGAGGGUUGUUUUGUCCCUCGUUUGACCUGAGAGUCGUUCUUUCCGCAUACGCCGUGUGCAUUUUGCCGUCGCUCGCUCCACUGCGAAGAGCCGCAGCCGUCUCCCCUCGCACCACACCCGCCGAGGACACACAACGGUGCCUCGCGUCGCCCAUUCCGUCCCUCACUCCGCCUAGCCUUAUCCCAUUCUUCGCAGCAGCCGCGAGCCCUCGACGCCCCUCGGUGCUGCCGCGCCUAUUCCGCCGGCCGCGUGCCACGCAGACGCAUUCCGCGGCUACAUACCACCAUGUCUCUGCCUCAGCGACCCGACGCCUCCUCGCCGCGGCGGGACCAGCGCCAUGUCUUCCGCGAGAACACGUCCUCGCGACGCCGCCGCACCUCCGACGUAGAGAAUACGCGAUCGCACGAGCGCACCCCGAGCAAGACGGGCACCUACUCCAUCACCAACCGACCGCUGCCCUCGCCGGGCACGCCCGUCCCCAUGGACCGCGACCCUAUGAUCGCUGCAGCCCCCUAUGGCUCUCGCUCGACCGACCUGGGCCGGAAGCGCAGCCUUGUCCGCCCUGAGCGCCAGCGCAUCGAUGAGAACCACCCCAACUACCACUACCGCAAGCAUGCCAAGAAGAUGACCGUCCAUCCCUCGACCACUGGCAACGACCCCAUCAGGGAGAGCAGAGAGGAGUAUGAGUCGGAGACUGUCAGCUCCGAGAGCACAGAUCUCAAGCCACCGCAUCUUCGUAAUGCAUCAGGCGGAGGCUACAACGACAAGGAUGCCCCUCUGGACGACGAGAUGCACCAACAGCGCAGGCUGAAACGCAGUAAGACGCAAGACAAAUUGGAGAAGCAGCGUCAGAAAGAGAAGGACGCGUUGAGACCACCCAGUCUGUGGAACGUGUACUGUGCUAUUGUUACUUUUUGGUGUCCCAACGUGGUUCUCAAGUGUUUUGGAAAGGUGCAGAAGGCCCAGCAACGCGCGUGGAGAGAGAAAAUGGGACUGUGCAGUAUCAUUGUCAUCAUCAUGACCGUCGUUGGUUAUCUCACGUUCGGAUUCACCGAGACCGUGUGCCCUUCGGGAGGAGGCGAGCGCCUUCAAGUUAACAAGGUGGAUACGGGUUAUCUAAUCAUCCACGGCAAGGCUUACAAUCUCCUCAACUCGCACCACCCCAGAGCUUUCGGCAUUCAGGAUGGACAGAAUGUGUUGUUCGAUCUCCCGGAAAAGCAUGGAGGACAGGAUGCAAGCUUUUUGUUCCAAAACGUCAAUGGUGCCUGCAAAGGACUCAUCACCCUGAAGCCUGGCUCGGAUGUGCCGACCAAUGCGAACGGCGAUCUAGCAUGGUAUUUCCCUUGCAACACCUUCAACCAGGAUGGUUCUACCAAGCCCAACACGACGGUUGGCCGUUAUCUUGGGAUGAAUUGCCACACCUCGUCCUUGGCUAGGACGGCUUUUUACGGACUGAACAGCGCUGGAGACGUGUAUUUCACUUGGGACGACAUCAAGAAUAGCACUCGCAACCUCAUGGUUUGGGGCGGCGAUGUACUGGAUCUGGACUUACUUGAAUGGUUCAACACGACCCAAGUGAGCGUACCCGACAGCUUCGAAAAGAUCCGGACCAAUCCCGCCGUGAAGGGAGUCGAUGUGACGCGCGCAUUCUCCUCCAGCACAGACAAGCAGCUUGCCAAGUGCUUGACCGAGAUCGUCAAAGUCGGGUCCAUCGAUACCGAGAGUAUCGGAUGUAUUGCCUCCAAAGUCGUGCUCUAUGUCUCCUUGGUGUUCAUUCUUGCCAUUGUUGUUGCCAAAUUCGUGCUGGCUCUGGCUUUUCAAUGGUUUAUCAGCAGAAAGUUCGCCGCGAGCAAGACCUCUCUUGGACCCGUCGACUCGAAAGAGCGAAAGAAGCAGAUCGAGGAAUGGAGUGACGACAUCUACCGCCCUCCACCAAAGCUGAUGGACCCCGCAGGCCCUGACAGGAGCAGCAAGCGUGGUAGCAGCAUUUUGCCGUCCACCUCCAGAUUCACCAGCCCGUAUUCUAUGGAGAAGAAUGUCAAGACUCGCGCUCCUCCCACGACCAUGACCAGCCAAAGUGCCUCGCGCGUUCUGUCAAGCUAUGGCGGGAGUGGCAUGUAUAAACAACUGAAUGCUAGCCAGGGAACACUGCCAGUGGAUGCGAAGGCGCCAGGAAGCCGAUCGAGCCUGCUCCUCUCUGGAACGACCCCCGAGCAAUACCGUUCAAGCACUUACGGAGAUUUUGAAGGUCCCGGUCCUGCUGGGUUCAUCCACGAAGCUGUUGUACCGCAACCACCACCAGAGUGGCAGCCCUUCGGCUAUCCAUUGGCCCAUUCUAUUUGCUUGGUGACUGCGUACUCGGAGGGAGCGGAAGGUCUCCGGACCACACUGGACUCCAUCGCCACUACCGACUACCCGAACAGCCACAAAUUGAUUCUGGUCAUUUGCGAUGGCAUGAUCAAAGGUGCCGGGGAAGAUCUUACCACACCUGAGAUUACUCUUGCUAUGAUGAAAGAUCAUGCUGUCCUGCCCCACGAAGUCAAGCCUUUCUCGUAUGUGGCUGUUGCGAGUGGCUCCAAGCGCCACAACAUGGCGAAGGUCUAUUCUGGAUUCUACGACUAUGGCGAGAACAGCCGCAUUCCCACCGAAAAGCAACAGCGUGUCCCGAUGAUGGUUGUAGUCAAGUGCGGAACCCCCGAUGAGAAGAAGAACUCGAAGCCUGGUAAUCGUGGAAAGCGAGACAGUCAGAUCAUCCUCAUGUCGUUUUUGCAAAAGGUCAUGUUCGACGAGCGUAUGACGGAGCUUGAGUUCGAGAUGUUCAACGGCAUAUGGAAGAUCACGGGCAUUUCUCCGGAUUUCUACGAAAUAGUGCUCAUGGUCGAUGCGGACACUAAGGUUUUCCCUGACUCUCUGACGCACAUGAUUUCUGCCAUGGUCAAGGACCCCGAGAUUAUGGGCCUCUGCGGCGAGACGAAGAUUGCUAACAAGCGAGACUCGUGGGUGUCGAUGAUCCAGGUGUUCGAAUACUUCAUCUCACAUCACCUGUCCAAAUCUUUCGAAUCGGUUUUCGGUGGUGUUACGUGCCUUCCAGGAUGUUUCUGCAUGUACCGCAUCAAGGCUCCGAAGGGCGGUCAAAAUUACUGGGUCCCUAUACUUGCCAAUCCCGAUGUUGUCGAGCAUUAUUCCGAGAACGUGGUUGACACGUUGCACAAAAAGAAUCUGCUGUUGCUCGGCGAGGACCGGUACCUGUCAACACUGAUGCUCAAGACGUUCCCGAAGCGCAAGCAAGUGUUUGUGCCCCAGGCUGUCUGCAAAACCACGGUACCCGAAGAGUUCAAGGUGCUUCUAUCGCAGCGAAGGCGAUGGAUCAAUAGUACGGUCCACAAUCUGAUGGAGUUGGUGCUUGUGCGCGAUCUGUGCGGUACCUUCUGCUUCAGCAUGCAGUUCGUCGUCUUCAUUGAGCUUAUCGGUACUUUGGUCCUGCCCGCCGCCAUCGCCUUCACUUUCUACCUAAUUGCAAUCUCCAUCAAAGCGGCCGUGCUGCAUACUGCGGCACCUCUUAUUCCGCUCAUACUACUUGCCCUUAUUCUGGGUCUGCCGGCGGUCCUCAUCGUAAUCACUGCUCACCGAUGGUCGUACGUGGCGUGGAUGUUUGUCUAUCUGCUGUCCCUGCCCGUUUGGAAUUUUGUUCUGCCGACGUACGCUUUCUGGAAGUUCGACGACUUCAGCUGGGGCGAUACACGCAAGACGGCGGGUGAAAAGACAAAGAAGGCAGGUCUGGAGUACGAGGGCGAAUUUGACAGCAGCAAGAUCACGAUGAAGCGGUGGCACGAUUUUGAAGCAGAACGGAGACUCAAGACACCGACUGGUGGCGGGUGGUCGCAGCAAUCCACGACAUCUGGACAGUGGCCGCCGCCAAUGCCGCAAGCAGCAUCGCAGCAUGGGUACGAAUCAUACUAUGACAAUUAGAUUUCUUUGCAAGGUCAGCAAAAACCACACGACACGACGCGGGUUCCUGUCUGUGGUACGCGAGAAGCAUGUUAUUUUUACCGCAUCGCCAAGGCUGUUGCAUUUCUUGUGGAGCGUUCUGGUGGGGUUUGGUUUGCCCCCUUGUCGUCUUCUUUCUCGUGGGCGUGUAAAUGUCGAAUGUUGUUACGGGACCUGGCAUGUAUAGUGGCCAUGUAGCCUUUAGUCAUAGUGGUAAUAGUCAUCAUAUUCUUCUCACGUC